AAUGAAAGGAAGAAGAGAAAAUUGAAGAUUCCCGUUUGAAAGUUUGAAAUUACAAAAUCGUUCUUAUUAUGUUCUGAGCCCACAGAAAACUAAUUUUAGAAGUAGGGAUACUUCAUGUUAUAAAACCAUUGGCCAUAACCAAUAUGGACGAGUACUGAUUGUGCAAUUUUGUUAGAUUAAUCUGCUUCAAUUUGUUCAGAAACUGUUGGACGAUGAGCUUUUUUGGACCUUUAUUACCGUAUUUUACCAGUUACUAUGUCUUGAAUACGCUUGCAUCCAUCGCUUACAUUGUUUUGAAAACUGUUCAUCCUUUCUGUAACUGGUUGUUUAUGGGAGAAGAAUCAUGUCAACUGAGUAUGUCGGAUUGCGAAACAUUAGUCUUUGUCGGAGUUGUCAUGGCGUUUAAAAAUUCUAAAUGGAAGAGAGAUGCCAACAGGGAGGUUUUUGGUAUGGCAACUGGAUUUUUCAAAGCUGUAAACCUUAUCCUGUUUCUAAGAUCAAAUUUUCCGUUGUUUGUCUUCUACGGAGUUUUUUGUAUUGUGUUAUUUGUUGCUGUUCCUGAAUCGAUAUACUCCGGUCCAGAUUCUGUUCAACUCUUCAGUGCUGCUUCUCUUGAGGAAGAACUGCAAGAGAAUGAUCAAGUGACGUAUCUUGUUGAAUUUUACACCAUGUGGUCACCACCUUGCAAGAGAAUAUCGGAACCUUUUGCAGAAGUUUCAUUAAAAUUUGAUCAUGAGUAUUUGAGAUUCGGGAAAAUUGAUCUUGGUAGAUACCCGAUGAUUGCGCGAAAAUACAAUAUAGACGACUCCGUCUCAUCGAAACAAUUGCCUACACUGAUUUUGUUUCAGGAUGGAAAAGAAAUUAAAAGGCGCCCUACGAAAUCUGUAGGUCCUGAUGGAAAAGUCAAACUUUUUGGCUUUACAAAGGAAAAUAUUAUCAAAGCAUUUGGGCUUGAAACCUGUUUGGAAACAGCUAAAGCUAAGUUGAAACGGGAGCAGAAGAGAAAUAAGACCGACGAGAGAAAGAAAGAAAAUUGAGUGAAUUGUGCGAUGAAAAUAUUACGGUUUCUUUUUAUCUUAUUGUACUUACCUUAGGAACUUUUAUAAAUAUUUAUAAAAUUAUCAGAAUCCUUCUGUUAAUUUUAGGUUUUUGUCAUUUGUAUACUAUGAAUUUGAUUCUGACUGUUUGUGGUUGAAAUGAUUUUACAAAGUGUCUGCAUUAUAAGAAAAUAUCGGAGUUGUUGAUGUAGACUAAAAGUCUCAAA